AUGGCAUUGGCAUUAACGGGUGAUGAUCUAGCAAGGAAGAGUACUGGUAGCACGAGUUGGGCGUCGGCCAGUUUCAGGGAGGCCUGGCACCCUGCUCCCGAAGUUUUUGGUGGAAGUACAGAACAUGAGGAAGAUGAGGAGCAGCUCAAGUGGGCUGCCAUUGAGAGGCUGCCAACCUAUGAUAGGUUGAGGAAAGCCGUGUUGAGGCAGGUUCUGGAUGACGGGAGGAUCGUGGGUCACGAAUUGGACCUCGUUAGGUUAGGAUCAGACAAGAAGAGGAUGUUGGUUAAUAAUAUACUUAGGGUUGUUGAGGAAGAUUAUGAAAAGUUUCUCCAGAGGCUAAGAAGCCGGGUUGAUAGGGUUGGGAUUCAGGUUCCAACACUUGAGGUGCGUUACGAACAUUUAUCUGUCGAAGGAGAGGUUCAUGUUGGGAGUAGAGCAAUUCCAACUUUGCUGAACGCUAUCCUGAAUGUAAUUGAGACUGCGCUGAGAUCAAUUCGUCUUGCCCCUUCCAAUAGGAGAAAAAUAACUAUACUUAAAGAUAUCAGUGGAAUCGUCAAACCAUCUAGGAUGACACUACUUCUUGGUCCGCCAGGUGCAGGAAAAACAACAUUGCUGCAGGCACUUGCAGGAAAGAUUGAAGAUAACCUAAAGACGUGUGGAAAAAUUACAUACUGUGGUCACGAGAUGGAUGAAUUUGUGCCCCAAAGAACCUGUGCCUAUGUUAGUCAACAUGAUCUACAUCAUGGAGAGAUGACCGUCAGGGAGACGUUGGAUUUUUCAAGGCGGUGCCUGGGAACGGGCCGAAGGUACGAAACGCUAGCUGAACUCUCAAGACGCGAGAAAGAAGCAGGAAUCAAUCCAGACCCUGAGAUUGAUGCAUUCAUGAAGGCUGUAGCAGUGGCAGGUCAAAAAAGUAAUUUGGCCACAGAUUGUGUUCUCAAGCUUCUUGGAUUAGAUAUUUGUUCGGAUAUCAUGGUUGGUGACCAGCUAAAAAGAGGUAUAUCAGGGGGGCAGAAGAAGCGUGUUACCACAGGUGAAAUGUUGGUCGGGCCAGCAACAGCUAUUUACAUGGACGAGAUAUCCACUGGAUUGGACAGUUCCACUACUUUCCAGAUAGUAAACCACAUGAAGCACAUGGUUCACGUCAUGGAUAUAACAAUGAUUAUUUCUCUGUUGCAGCCAGCACCUGAGACUUAUGAUCUAUUUGAUGACAUUAUAUUGCUUUCAGAAGGUCAAAUUGUCUAUCAGGGCCCACGGGAACAUGUCCUGGAUUUCUUUGAGCAUGUUGGUUUCAAGUGUCCUGAAAGGAAAGGAGUUGCUGAUUUCCUUCAAGAGGUGACUUCCAAAAAGGAUCAAGUACAGUACUGGAUCUGGAAAGACCAGCCGUAUAGAUACAUAUCAGUUCCUGAGCUUGCAGAAGCCUUCAAAGCCUUUCAUGUUGGCCAACGGCUUGCAGAAGAGCUCAGUGUGCCUUACGAUAAAUCCAAAACCCACCCCUCAGCAUUGGUUAAAAACAAAUAUGGCCUCUCAAAUUGGGAAAUAUUGACGGCAUGUUUUUCGAGAGAAUGGCUGCUGAUGAAGCGAAAUUCUUUCGUGUACAUUUUCAAGACAGUUCAGAUAACAAUAAUGGCCAUUGUUUCAUCCACAGUGUUUCUUAGAACGCAGAUGCCACAUGGCCAAUUGCAAGAUGGAGGGAAAUAUUUUGGAGCUCUUUUCUUCAGUCUUAUCAAUAUAAUGUUCAACGGAAUGGCUGAACUUUCAAUGACGGUGUUCAGGCUUCCUAUCUUCUUCAAACAAAGGGAUUCCCUAUUUUAUCCAGCAUGGGCUUUUAGUUUGCCAGUCUUUUUGCUUAGGGUCCCUCUGUCUUUCAUGGAAUCAGCAAUAUGGAUAAUCCUCACAUAUUAUACGAUAGGGCUUGCUCCCUCCCCUGCCAGGUUCUUCCAACAGUUCCUGACAUUUUUCUGUAUACAUACGAUGGCUCUCUCUCUUUUCCGCUUUAUUGCAGCAAUUGGAAGAACGCAGGUUGUAGCAAACACAUUGGGUACCUUCACUCUGCUAGUGGUCUUUGUGUGCGGAGGAUUUGUGGUUGCCAAAGAUGCCCUUAAGCCAUGGAUAAGAUGGGCGACCUAUAUUUCUCCAAUGAGCUAUGGACAAAAUGCUAUUGUCAUGAGCGAAUUUCUUGACAAGAGAUGGAGUGCACCUAAUUUGGACCCCCGAAUCGAUGCUCCCACGGUAGGGAAAGCCCUCCUGAAAGGAAGAGGCUUCUAUACAGAGUGGUCCUGGUACUGGAUAUGCAUUGCAGCAUUAUUGGGGUUCUCCGUUCUCUUCAAUGGUUUCUUUGUUGUCGCACUGACUUUCUUAAACCCCUUGGGUGAUUCAAAAACAGUAGUCUUGGAUGAAAACCAAGAAAAGAAUUCAUCUUCUGCAAGCAACAAGGAAACAUCCGAAGGUUUGGUCUUUGUCUUUAAUGGAACUGAUAUGGAACCCAGAAAUGCCUCGAGUAGCACAGAAGCAAAUGGACAUGACAUGAAAGGCAUGGUUUUACCCUUCCAGCCAUUGUCUAUAGCUUUCAACCAUAUUAACUACUCCGUGGAUAUGCCAGCUGAAAUGAAGAGUCAGGGGGUUCAAGAGGAUCGUUUGCAACUACUACGAGAUGUUAGUGGCUGUUUCAGACCUGGAAUAUUGACAGCACUUGUAGGUGUUAGCGGUGCUGGGAAGACAACUUUGAUGGAUGUGUUAGCUGGACGAAAAACUGGAGGAUACAUUGAAGGAACCAUCUGCAUCUCAGGUUACCCGAAAAAUCAGAUCACAUUUGCCAGAAUAAGCGGAUACUGCGAACAGAAUGACAUUCAUUCACCUCAUCUUACCGUGUAUGAAUCUGUCUUAUACUCCGCCUGGCUUCGUCUUCCCGCUGAUGUAAAAGAAAGCACUCGGAAGAUGUUUGUGGAAGAAGUAAUGGAGCUGGUUGAACUCAAUACUAUAAGAAAUUUGUUGGCUGGCCUUCCAGGAGUUGAUGGUCUUUCAACAGAACAAAGAAAACGCUUAACAAUUGCUGUAGAGUUGGUUGCCAAUCCAUCCAUAAUCUUCAUGGACGAACCAACAUCUGGUCUUGAUGCUAGAGCUGCUGCCAUUGUUAUGCGCACUGUGAGAAAUACUGUGGACACUGGAAGAACUGUAGUGUGCACGAUUCACCAACCAAGCAUAGACAUUUUUGAAUCUUUCGAUGAGUUGCUUUUGAUGAAGAGAGGAGGGCGCGUGAUUUAUGCAGGACCACUUGGUCGCAAUUCUCAAAAGCUAAUAGAUUACUUUGAGGCUGUCCCAGGAGUUCCCAAGAUUACUCCUGGAUAUAAUCCUGCCACGUGGAUGUUGGAAAUCAGUACUCCGUCAGUUGAGGCUCAGCUGCAAGUUGAUUUUGCUGACAUUUUCGCCGAAUCAUCCCUUUAUAAGAGAAAUGAAGAACUUAUAGCAGAACUCAGUACUGCUCCACCUGGUUCAAAGGAUCUUUAUUUUCCAACGAAGUACUCCCAACCCAUAUUCACUCAGAUCAGAGCUUGUUUCUGGAAACAAAGAUUGUCGUAUUGGCGGAAUCCUCGAUAUAAUGCUAUUCGUUUCAUGUUGACAAUCGCCUGUGGCGUUAUCUUCGGUGUCAUAUUCUGGGACAAGGGAGGAAAAAUGCAAGUACAGCAAGAUCUGCUGAAUCUUAUGGGAGCUAUCUAUUCUUGUGUCCUCUUCUUGGGAGCCACCAAUGCCUCCUCGGUGCAGGGAGUGGUUUCCAUAGAGAGAACAGUUUUCUACCGUGAACGAGGAGCUGGGAUGUAUUCGGCAAUUCCUUAUGCCAUGGGUCAGGUAGCGAUUGAGGUGCUCUACGUUUCAAUUCAGACCUUCGUGUACACUCUUAUUAUUUACUUAAUGAUCGGAUUCGAGUGGACAGCAGCCAAAUUCUUUUUGUUCUACUAUUUCUUGUUGACGUGCUACACUUACUACACAAUGUUCGGGAUGAUGCUAGUCGCACUGACUCCAAAUAUUCAAGUUGCUGCAAUUUCAAUGUCUUUCUUCAUGAGCUUCUGGAAUCUGUUCUCGGGUUUCCUCAUUCCUAGGACACAAAUCCCAAUAUGGUGGAGGUGGUAUUACUGGGGUUCACCCGUGGCUUGGUCUAUCUAUGGUACCAUAACCUGUCAAAUUGGUGACGAAACUAACCAAGUUGUGGUGCCUGGGUCUCCUAAUGUUACAGUGAAGGAGUAUCUAAAACACAGCUUGGGUUAUGAUCAUGACUUUCUUCCAGUGGUUGGUGUAGUUCAUUUUUGCUGGGUACUUCUCUUCGCCUUUGGCUUUGCUCUCGGCAUCAGGUACCUCAACUUCCAGACUAGAUAGAAACAGCUCUGAAACAUCAUUAGGACUUCUAAUUUUUUGUGUUGUGUAGACAAGUCAAGUGGUGAUGCCCUUACAACACACCCACAAUUUUGGCAAUGUAGCUUUUCCUUACAGGGAUUUAUUCUUUUCUCUUUC